AAAGUUGAACGCGCUCGAAAUAUUUAAUUUCCUUAAUACACAAGAGCGAUAAAUUAAUUAAAAUAUACAAUCGUCUCGUCGUGAUUUUCCUAGAAUGACGCGAAUUUAUUAAUAUUAUUAUUUUAUCGAAAAUUAUUGCUAAGCGGAGAAUUGAACUUUGUAAUAAUAAAAUGAUCAUUGUCAAAGGUCAGAUGAAGGUGGAAAAGAAUACGAAUGUCUUAUCUACAGAACGUUUUCAUUUUUUUUCUUCUUCUUCUUUUUAAAAGAGAGUCCCUCUCAAAGCGUGUCAAAUCGCGUAUAUCGGGAAGUUGAAAUUUUAUUACAAUACUUUUCCGCAGUAGACCGAAAGAUGUCAAGUGUGAAACUUCUCGACGGCGGUUUUUCAACGCAAUUAUCAAAGCAUGUGGGCGAGAAAAUUGACGGUGAUCCAUUAUGGACGGCAAAAUUUUUAGUUACCGAUCCAAUGUCCGUUUUAUCAACGCAUCUUGAUUUUUUACGUGCCGGUUCUGAUAUUAUUCAAACAAACACUUAUCAAGCAACAAUCACUGGCUUUGUCAAGUAUUUGAAUAUAUCGCGAAACGAGAGUCUUAAAUUAAUACACGAUGCUGUGGAUCUUGCUAAACGUGCUGUUUCUAUUUUUAAUGAGGAAAAUGAAUAUCAUCAGACAAAUCGAAAACCAUUAAUCGCGGGCUCAUGUGGACCGUACGGAGCGGCACUUCACGACGCUUCGGAAUACACUGGUGCCUAUGCAAAAACCGUGACACUGGAUAAAUUAAUAAAUUGGCAUCGACCACGAAUUGAAACAUUAAUAAAUGCCGGUGUCGAUAUGCUCGCAUUGGAAACGAUACCAUGUGCAACUGAAGCCGAUGCUCUGAUCGAGCUACUUCGCGACUACCCGGAGACAAAAGCUUGGCUCGCCUUCUCAUGUCGUGACGACGGUAAAAGUUUAGCCGAUGGCUCAAAUUUCAAAGAAACCGCGAUACGUUGCUACAAGAAAGCCCUGCCUGGUCAAAUUCUUGCAAUUGGAGUCAAUUGUAUUGCACCAAAAGUCGUCACACCAUUACUUCGCGGUAUUAAUAGCGACACGGAUAGUAAUUCUUUUAUUCCCCUCAUUGUUUAUCCCAAUAGCGGUGAGAAAUAUUCCGUUCCCGAAGGUUGGCGUUUCGAAUGCAAUACAUUGCCGCCCGAGAAUUUUGUUCACGAAUGGCUCGAUCUUGGCGUUCGUUAUUUAGGCGGAUGCUGUCGAACAAACGUCACGACAAUUAAGAAAAUCAAAACCGAAAUCGACACCUACGUUAAAUCGUAAAACACCGAAAAAAAAUUUAUUUUUAAUUUACAAGAGAGAGAGAAAAUAUUUUGUUAUACUCCGGAAAAAUAUCUGGAAAUUUUCUGCUUUGAAUUCCUUUGAAAAUUUAUUGUUAUUAAUAAUAACAAUAAUAUUAAAAAAAAUCUCAUUAUGAUGUAAUUAGACUAUUAGACUAUAGUGAUGUUAAAUAAACCAUUAUCUCUCUGCC